CGAUCCGUUGCGCCACCUGGCCACCAAACGUCCCCGGCUGUCGACCAAGAACCGAGAGUCUUCCCCUCUUCCCCUCCCCGACCGCAACCGACAGGGCAGAUUCCGAUCCACGCCCUCCGCCUUAAAACGCCCACCAUUCAUCCGUUUCCCACUGUCCGUCUGCCUCCCCGUCUCUGACCUCCUCUCCCCUCUCUCCCCUCCCCUCCCCGUGAGCUCGAACAAGAGAGGCCGACCAUUUCCAAAACAAUCCAUGGGGAUCGUGGAGGAGGCGCACAACUUGCGGGUAGUGGGCGACGGGAAGCGCGGGGUGAUCGUGCUGGCUCACGGGUUCGGCACAGACCAGUCCGUGUGGAAGCACCUGGUGCCGCACCUCGUCACCGACUACCGCGUUGUGCUGUUCGACACCAUGGGCGCCGGCCCCACCAACCCGGACUACUUCGACUUCGCGCGCUACGCCACGCUCGAGGGUUACGCGCUCGACCUCCUCGCCAUCCUCCAGGAGAUCGGCGUCGAGUCCUGCAUCUACGUCGGACACUCCGUCUCCGCCGUCAUCGGCGCGCUCGCCUCCAUCUCCAGGCCCGACCUCUUCACCAAGCUCGUGCUACUCUCCGCGUCCCCUAGGUACCUCAAUGAGGUGGACUACUAUGGAGGGUUUGAGCAAGACGAGCUUGAUGAGCUCUUUGAGGCGAUGCGAUCAAACUACAAGGCCUGGUGCUCAGGUUUUGCACCACUCUGUGUUGGAGGAGACAUGGAAUCAGUGGCAGUUCAGGAGUUUAGCCGGACACUCUUCAAUAUACGUCCAGACAUUGCACUUAGUGUUGCCCAGACGAUCUUCCAGAGCGAUGUGCGCAGCCUCCUCCCGCUCGUUAGUAUUCCAUGCCACAUUGUUCAGAGCACCAAGGAUCUCGCAGUGCCAGUUGUUGUCUCUGAGUACCUGCACAAGCACCUUGGUGGCGACUCAAUAGUCGAGGUGAUGCCCUCUGAAGGCCAUCUCCCCCAGCUUAGCUCUCCAGACAUCGUCAUCCCUGUCUUGCUCCGACAUAUUCAUUAUGACAUUGCAGUCUAGGUUGGGCAAUCGUUCUUCCAAGAAUAUGUGCAUUUGAAGGUAUCUAUUGCCAGUAUGUGUAUCUCACUUAAGUGUCAAUGUAGGAUCGCAUCUAUUGAUGGUUUAGUAAGAUUCCCAAGGUGUUAUAAAUUGUAGGCGGUGGAAAUUGUAGUAUAUAUGUCCAUGUAAUCCAUUGGCCGUCUAAUGUGCACUACUAUGUUCGAUGCUUUGAUAUCAUAAGUCCUUCAGACACUCUUAAUUUCA